AUGUCUCACGUUAAUGCCCGAUUUUUACUCGUCGGGAACGAUCUUCUCCCGCAAGUGCAGGAGCUGGUCAACGAGCCUUUUAGUAUCGUCCCGCUGGACGUGAUAGUCAGCUCUUCGGAGACCCGGAAGGUCGAAGACGGAUUGUUAGGGUGGGACGACGUUAUUCCUAUGAAUCACGACAAAAGCAAAAAUGGCUACGCCGAGGAAAUUGGAAGGCAUUUCACGUACUUGCACACGUCAGGCUCUACAGGCCAUCCCAAACCAAUCGGUUGGACUCACGAAAACAUGUAUACGGCAUGCGUCUCCGUAGGCAAGGACCGAAAAUCGAGGACUGGUCGUGUAUUUUAUACACCAAUGCCUUUGUUCCAUGGAGCAGGAUUCAUUGUUUCAUUCCCAACCAUCCUCGGUGUCGGUGGUAUUUUCACCUUCGUUGAAAGCCGUCAAGCAAUCUCGUCCUCUAGUUGCCUGCGGCAUAUGCGCAUUCUUGCAGAGCACAAACCCGACGCUUUGCUACCACCUAGCAUAUUAGAAGACAUGAUCAUAGAGAAUAAUAACGAUCAGAACCUCCGAACCCUACUCGAUAUGAACUCGAUUCUCUUCGCUGGGGCUCCCCUUCGUACGGAUAUUGGCGACGAGAUCACACGCAAGGGAGUACGACUCGUGAACUGCUUCGGAAUGACCGAGACAGGACCACUCUCAAGUUUUUGUUACCAAGAUAGCUGUGAUCCGGCAGACUGGUCCUACAUUGAGAUCAACGAGGAAGCGUUCAAUUUUGUCUUCACACCCAUGAAAUCAGACGGUGCAUUCCAUAGCCUGAUUAUAACGCCGGGAUAUAUGACUCCUAUGGUUCUCGACAGUCAAAACCCUGUCGGCAUUCGCUCUAGCGACAGGUGGGUACAACACCCAGACCCUGGGAAGGCAAGACUUUGGAAAGCAUCGGGCCGAAACGAUGACGUUGUGGUAUUGAGUAGUGGUGAAAAAACCGACAGCGUACAACUCACAUCCCUGCUAUGCGCCUCUUCCCUGGUCUCGCGUGCAUUAAUAUUUGGAACUGGACGUCUCAUGAACGGGGCCUUGGUCGACCCUGCCCCGGAAGCAUACUUGGCACACGGGCCGUCCACGUACCUCGAUCUACUAUGGCAUUACGUUGUCCAGAACGUCAACCGCGUCGUACCUCAUCACUCUCGUUUGAUUCGUUCGCUCGUCCUUGUCGUCAAUGAAGAAAAGCCUCUCCUCAGCACCGAUAAGGGAACAGUUAAGAGGAAGGCUAGCCUCGAGCUUUACGCGGCUGAAAUUGACGCGGCUUAUCGUGACCUAGAGGACGGGGAAUCCGGAGACUCGAUAGGGUUGUCUCCUGUCCAGGGAUAUGAGGCGGGAAAUGUAAAAUCGCUUCAGUCUCGCCUUUCGACUCUCCUGAACGACGUACUCGGGGCCCAACUCGGAAUGGGCGACGACUUCUUCGCGGCUGGCAUGGACUCAUUACUAGCUAUACAGUAUCGUUCCGCCGUGUCGUCCGGUAUAAAGAGUUCCGGAUACAACGGUACCUUGCCGAGGAACAUCAUCUACAUGCAUCCGACAAUAUCCGCGCUCUCAGAAUGUAUCAUCUCUAUCCUCGCCAACUCCCCCGCGCUUUCGAGCCCUCCCGAACGAACGAAUGCCGUGAGGUCAAUGCUGGAGGACGCUAUCAAUGCCUACAAAUCGAACUUCAAUCAACAUCUCCCCGAUCAUUCUCCAGCUAUGUCUUCUGACGAUGAGGUAUACGCAGUCACAGGGACAACGGGAUCGCUUGGCUCGUUCUUCGUGUCUCUACUGCUGGACCUUUCGACAGUGCGAAAGGUCUACCUUCUCAAUCGUCGCAGUCGGUCUACGUCGUUUGCGCGGCGCCACGAGAUCUCCUUCGAAGAGAAGGGCCUUGAUUUCGGUGUCCUGCAGAAGGCGUUGGAUACGGGAAGAGCAGUCUUCGUCGCAAUCGACUUGUUGCAGGCUGAUUUGGGUAUAUCUGAAAGCAUUCGCCACGAGAUGCUCUCUGAGGUCACGCAUAUCGUUCACAUAGCUUGGUUGCUCAACUUCAAGCUCAUACUACCGUCAUUUAAACCUCACCUCUCGGGCGUACGCCACCUGCUCCAUCUCACCCUCUCUUCCAAGCGCAUGACGCCUCCACAUUUCACAUUCAUCUCCUCUGUGGCAGCUGUAGGACAAUGUGCAUCCUCCGAUCCCGUUCCAGAAGCGUCCAUCUCGAGCCCCGAAGUCUGUCUCGAUCAAGGGUAUGCUAUGUCGAAGUACUGUGGAGAGAAGAUCAUAGAGCUGGCUGCCAAGGAGCGUCCGGAGCUGCGGGCGAGCAUCGUCAGGACAGGACAGAUCUCUGGGGCAGAGGGUAACGGUGCUUGGGCGCGGUCAGAGUACAUGCCGACUUUGAUGAAGACCUCGGUACAGAUCGGCCUCGUACCGGACCAGCUCCCUGAUGUGCGCUGGCUCCCCGUCAACGUCGCUGCUAAGGCCCUCUAUGCGCAAAUUCAACAUUCUUGCUCGCAAACGACCAGAACCGACGCUCAUCUCACGUUUUACAACCUCGAGAACGGUAGUAAGACACCAUGGAGAGACGUGACGAACGCUAUCAUCGAAUUCGGCGCCAGCGUCUCUCUCGAGGUGAAGCCCAAGCUAGUCCCCAUGAAAGAAUGGGUGGAAGCAGUGAGCCGCGCACCGUAUACCUCAGCUUUCCAACUCUUGGAUUUCUUUGAAACCUACGCGCAGGGGCGAUUCAUGCCCACAUUGGAUCUGAAAUAUAGCAGGCAGGCAGCGGGCAGUUUGGUUGAUCGCGAUAUCGGUGAAGAGGUCAUCAGGUCUUAUGUCGCCUUUGCGUGUGCGGACAUCAACAAGAACUGA